AUGGAAGUGAACGUGGACGCCUGGCCAACUAGAUACUCUUUAGAUUUCAGCAAGAUGGAUGAAGUGAACUACAACUGGACAACAGACAACAUCGACAGCACACACGCCACCACGACCACGGAAAGUACCCAGCACUAUUUCCUGCCCUGGUGGCAACAGGCCAUCUUCUACACAAUGUUUGUCUUCAUCUUCGUGGUGGCGGCGGGCGGCAACAUUAUCGUCGUCUGGAUAGUGCUGGCACACAAGAGAAUGAGGACGGUCACCAACUACUUCCUGGUCAACCUGGCCAUCGCUGACGUCAUGGUGUCCUUCUUCAAUGUCCUCUUCCACUUUGUUCUCAACUUGUACCAGGACUGGUUCUUCGGCUUGGAGUACUGCAAGUUUGCCUUCUUUACCGCCUCCUGCACCAUCUCGGUGAGCGUGCUGACGUUCAUGGCCAUUGCUAUAGACAG